GCCAUGUCCCGCUGGACGGGCCCGGCCGGGGCUUGCUGCCCCCCCGGUGCUGGGGCCGCGCUGUCCCCCGCGGCUCUCGACCUGAACGUGGAGCGGGAGAAGAUCCGCCGGGAGAUCGAGGAGCUGGAGCGGAGCCUGGGGCCCGGCGGCGCCAGCAUCGAGGUGGCCGUGUCCGACUCUAGCCUCAGCUCCGGCACGGAUGAUGGUGAAGAUGAUGACUCAGAUUCUCCUGCUGAAAUGGAAAUGGAAAGAGAGGAUGACAGUAGUGAUGAUGAUAUUGAAAGUAGUCUGCCACAGGAUCCAGAAACGUGUCUGCAGAUGAACCAUGUGUACCAAGAGGUUAUCCAGGAAAAGAUUGAUGAAGUCGAGCUUCUCAUUGCGCAAAACAAAGAACAGCAGAAGGAAAUCAUGUGUGAGCUUGGUGGUCCAAAAAUAGCAAAGGCAGGAGAUGGUAGAAAUCUACCAGCAAAUAUAUUUUUGGGUCAUUUUAUGAAGCCAUACUUUAAGGAUAAAACAACAGGAAUUGGCCCUCCUUCCAAUGAAGAUGCAAAGGAAAAGGCAGCUCAGGGCAUAAAAUCCUUUGAACAACUGAUUUCAACAAAAUGGAAAAGCAGAGAGAAGACGUUAUUGCAGAAAUCGGUAGUAAGUGACCGCUUGCAGCGCCUGCUUCAGCCAAAGUUACUGAAGAUGAAUUAUUGGAAUCAUAAACUGGAAAAAGUCAAGACUGAAACGGAGAAACAGAUGUUGGAAAAACAAAUCAAAGAACUGGAGCAAGAAAUAGAGGCAAUUAACCAACUCCCAGAAGGUGACUUGUUAGGAAACAGAUUUGAUGAGCAUGACUGGGAGAAAAUUUCAAACAUCCAUUUUGAUGGACAACGUAGUUCAGAAGAACUGAGGAAGUUUUGGCAAAAUUGCGAGCAUCCAAGCAUCAACAAAAAGGAAUGGACUGAGGAGGAAAUAGAGAAACUAAAGAAGAUAGCUGCUAAACACGGUCAUCUGGACUGGGAGACUAUAGCCCAGGAGUUGGGGACCAACAGGACACCUUUCCAGUGCUUGCAGAAGUAUCAAGUCUAUAACAAAGAUUUGAAAAGGAAAGAAUGGACCAAAAGUGAAGACCAGAUGCUUUUAGAGCUUGUUCAAGAGAUGAGAGUAGGAAGUCAUAUCCCAUACAAGAAAAUUGCUUAUUACAUGGAAGGAAGAGAUUCUGCUCAGCUGAUUUACCGAUGGACAAAGAGUGUGGACCCCAGUUUGAAGAAAGGACCCUGGACACCAGAGGAAGAUGCUAUGCUGUUGGCUGCAGUUAAGAAGUAUGGAGAGCGUGACUGGUAUAAAAUUCGGACAGAAGUGCCAGGGCGGAGUGAUGCUCAGUGCAGAGAUCGGUACUUAAAAGCAUUGCACUGUGAUGUAAAGAAAGGCAAGUGGAGUUUAGAGGAAGAGGAGCAGCUAAUUGAACUGGUUCAAAAGCAUGGCCUGGGUCACUGGAGUAAAAUAGCUUCUGAAUUGCCACAUCGGACUGGUUCCCAAUGUCUAAGCAAGUGGAAACUCAUGAUUGGGUCUAAGAAAAGAUCUAGGCCAACAAAACGCCAACACGUGCAAGAGAGUUCCAGCUCUUCAGAGAGCAGCAGUGAAGACAUAGAACUGGACUUACCAGACAGUUCAGAGGAGGAGAUGACAAGUGAGGGGGAGACGACAAGCAAGGAGGAGCGUGCAUUUCCCAGCAUUGAUUUGUGGAUACCAACACGGACAAAUACACAGGAGUCAAACCAAGGAAGAUACCAUACUCCAUCCCUUUUCUUGCCCGCAAGUGCUGAUGCAAAGACCAGUAGCAGUGAAGAUCCAAGUGCAAUGUGUGAUGGAGACAAGGACAGAGUUGCCGAUAAAUCAACAGAGUUGAACACUCUCCUGAGAGGCAUCGCACGUCCACAUUCAACGGAUAUCAUUGUGAAGAAUCCAGUAGAAGUAAUGAACAAGGCUUCCAGGUGUGGAAAGCAAGUGCUGCGGGUUAGCCUGGAGAAUGUGAGAAGAGUAUUAAGAUACAACACGUGCUUUCAGAGGAAACUUCAAUCAAAGAUACUAAAACCUGCUGCUGCUGUUUUAACAAAAACAUCUGGAGUUAGUACGUCUGGUCAGAAGCUUCAGGGGUUGCAGAACAUCACGGAGAAAACUUAUCGUCAAGAGAGAGAGCGUCUGAGAAGAAUGAACCUUGACAGAAAGCUUCUAAUGGCAGUGACACCUUGGGUGGGCAAUGUGCUACUGCCUUGCACCUUGCAAACCGGGAAGAUGGCUUUUCAUCAGACAAAAGCUGAUUCUAUUCAAGAGAAGAUUAAAUCGGUCAGUCUCGCGAGCACUCCACUGUUCACACUUUUCAUUCAGCUCUUUCAGAUUGAUACCAAUGGCUGUAUGAAGAUUAUUCGUGAGAGAAGGCUAAGGCAGUCAGAGCUUCUUAGGGCUAGUGCAAGAAGGCCUCAGCAGGCUUCCCAAAAUAUGGAGACUUCUUCAGGCAAUUCGUCACAACCUUGUACUCAGAGGAACUUGCAAAGGGGCAUACCAAGGAAUGCUGUCAGGAGACCUGUUGCCUUAAAAGCACGGGAGACUUCUGUCUUCGAGAGCAGCACCCCUGCCAUACAGGCAGCUCUUCCAGCCCAAGGGCAAAGGCAGAAGCCCAAAACUGUCUCAGAAUUGCUGAGAGAGAAGCGGCUAAGGGAAUCCCGGGCUAAGAAAGCUAUGCAGAGGACAGUAUUUGUUGCCCCGCAGAUGCUGGUUUCAGGGCCUCUGAUAAUCCAGCAUCCACCACAGCAAAUCAUUCCUUCUGCACAAGCAGGGAGCAGACCUGCAGCAGCUGGUUGUCCAAAUAGCCAAGUACAGUGUGCACCAGCUCCACUGCCAGCAUUCACCUCUGUUGCAGGUUCAACUUCUACUGCUAUUGUGCUUGAAAACCAUUCCUCAUCAGUGCCAGAAACUGGGGAAAUCCCUGGUGCCUCACAAGGGACAGAACUACAAUCCAAUAAGGAACUAAAAGAGCAGUCUUUGGAAAGUAGCUCUGAAGGAGGGGCUAUUCCAGGUGUGAAUCCAGCUGCAGCAGAGAAAGCCCUAAAUCAGGGAGGGUGCAAUGGUCAGGUCCUAGCUGGUAGCUCAGCUUCAGUAGUGUUGCAAAACCAAGCUUUUGUGCCACAUCAGAUUACAGUGGUGCCUGUUGGCAUUGAGUCUGGCACCACCAGCUUGUCUCUUCCCACACCGGUUACCUGUGAGCUGAAUAAUAACGGACCACAACAGGGGCCAGUCAAUCUAUUGCCUGCUCUUGUAGCUCCACAAGCUGGUUCGCAUUUAAUUCCCAACGGUAUACUGCCUUUCACGUGGGUCGUAACACCACAGGCUUUGCUCCCCACCACUGUACAAACUGUGGUGGGUGUCCCCCAAGGACUGCCAGCUGCUGCUGUGAGAAGUCAAUGUCAGACAACUGUAGCUUCCAAUGGCAAUGUCUCUAGCUUAGGAGUGCCUCCUGUACCAGCUGGAGCACGUAUGCCUCAGCCUAGCUGUGCAGAGACAAAAGCACCAAAUGCCCAGUCAGCAGAAGGAGCACCUUUGGGAAAGACAGCUAACCAUUCCAUGAUUCUCUUACCUGUGACCUCAGCGAGUCCUGGGUGCACCACAUCCAGCAUUUCUUCUGCAACGCCUGCAUGUUCAGAUGGCUUCUCCAAGGCUUCUGACUCCUCUGCAGCUCAGACUGCUCUUCCAGCUGAUGGCCCAACUCUGUGUGCUGUGCUGCUGCCCCAAACACAGCUACCUGCAAGCACUCAGGGGUCUGAUUCCCAGUGUGUGUCAAGUCUCACCGGCUUGGGAAAGAGCCAUGACUCCAUUACAACAAAUGGAUCAACUUCCAAUCCAAGCAUCAUCACAAAAGGGCUUGUGCUCCAGCCGGAAGAUCCAGUUCCCCAUAACAAUGUCCCAAGGAACUCUGGUUGCUUUGCUGCACAAGCAUUGAAAAAUAGACCUAUUGCCUCCAAACCUCCAACUAUGCAGCCUGCUGAGAGUCCACCCCAGCCAACCGCUUCCAGUGCAGAAAAGAAUCUACUUGACUUUAGCCUAAUUUCUCUUGAAGAUGAGGGGGUAGUGAAGGAGUGGCUGAAUGGGAAACAAGGUGUCCAAGUACCAUCACUGCAAACUAGGUUGCCUUAUUUGCCACCUUUUCUGUGCAACUUAAAAACCCUCUCGAAGCUACUUCUGCAGAAAGCAGCUUUAGAAGAGCAAGCAGCGUGUCUUCUGCCUCCUGAUGCCAGUCGGGAUGAGGGCACUGGGGUUGAUUUGCACGCUAUCAAAGAACUGGUGCAGCAGAAACUUGGCGAUAACCCUGCUUACCUCCUACUGAAAGCCAGAUUCCUAGCAGCCUUCACACUCCCAGCUGUACUAGCAACUCUGCCUCCUCCAAAAGUGACAACAACUCUGUCAGCCAGCAGGAAGCAAUAUGAAGAGAGUGAUGAAGAGGAGUGGCAGAGUGAGAAGGAAGUGUCUGAGGAAGAAAGUUGUAGGAAUGAACUAACAGGUGUACAGUUGGAUGGGACAGUUGGUGAUGAGCCUGGAGACAAAGAUGCUGAUUUACUAAAUCAGGGCGUGGGAGCUGAAGAGAUUGCUGCACAAUCUGUCUUGGACUCCUGCAUCAAUGUGGCUGAUGCCAGUGCUCCUCAAAUCAGGAGAAGUACCCGCUUCAGGAAAAGGAAGAGGAUGUGAGAAGGAAAGUGUUAGUAGCUACUCAGUGAAUCUUUUAUUUCUUGCCUGAGAAGAGAAUGUGAAACGCUUCUGUCUGUGGUACAGCUUAGACACUGAAUCGUGACCCUAGGAGAGGGCUGAAGUUACUUCGACUUUUGUUCCGUUAGGACACAGAGUUCUACAAUCAUCUAUUAAUCAUAGGCUAAUACUUUGACUUUCAGGGGGAGGGAAAAUUGAUGUCCGCGUGAUGGAAUUAUAUACAAAAGUCAGGAAGUUCAAACAUCUGGCAGCCUACUGGUAUUCUACCAAGUUGGUAGCAGUCUACAGGCUUGGCUGCUAAAAUGAGACUAGUUUAAUAAUAAAGGGUUGUAAUUUGUGGGACCGGAAAGCCUGGGCAGCUGCUGCUGAAGGAGAAGGUUUGUGUGUGCGAGUGCUAAACACUUGGAGCAGAAGCCGAAGUAAAUCCUUGGAGCAGGUUCCAGCAAGCUGGUGGAAACUUGUCCUUGCUCUGGAUUGUCAGGCAAUCUUCUGCAGCGGCAGCUCUGUGUAGUUUGCCCUCUGUAACCUGGCUUGUGAGUCUCAAAGAAUAGUAUUAAAAGCUGGUGGGAAGCUGGGACUUAAGACUAGUGGGUACUUCUUUGGAGUUUGUCAUCUUUGAACAACUUUGUGGUGGUGUGUUUUUCCCCCUCUGUGGCUUCAUUUCUGUACAUGUAUAACAGGACAGCUUCUGUAGGGCACAAUUAUGUCAUGUCUUAAUAUAUGUCAAGGGUUUUGGUGAAAUAGGCCAAAGGAACAUAGUCGGUGUUGGAUUCACAUAGUUGUCAGAUGGGUUGGUUUUUUUUAAAAUUGGCUUUAGAAGCUCCAAAAAUGCUGUGACUAAUAGGAGUUGUUUGUGCUUUGUUACAGGAGUCACUAGAAUGAGGUCUGCCUUCCUGCAUGGCAGUAGCAGAUACUCUUUGCACUAGUCACUUCUAACACUUCCAACAAAUUGACUAUACAGACCUGGGGAAGAGAGGACAAUGUCCGGACUGGUUUUCCCAUUGCCUAACAAAGUCCUGCGUCUUCAGACAAGUUGCAAAAAAUGAAACAAAAUGGCUGGAGGGAAGUCUUUCAGGCAUAGACCAAUCCUGUUCUCUUUCAAACUAGUACCUGCCAUAGAUGCUGGGGGAAAAAUUGCUGGAGAUCUGGGGAGACCAGCAAUGAUGCUUAUUUAUUUCCUUUUUGUGUUAGCCCCUAUUUAUGUGAAUGUUUAUCCAUGUUCAGAACAUGUUGUUCAUUGGCUGUUUUUUUUUGUUUUAGUGCUGUGACAGUGGUUUUGCUUGAUAGCUAACUGACUUGAGUCCUGCUGAAUAAGCAGCAGAUUAAUUUUGUAUCAAAAUGAGUCUUGAGUAUUUGUUGAAAUACAGAUGUUUUAUUUUUCUCACUUAAAAAUUA